AUGCCUGGCCUGCCCUCUUCUGUGGACCUUGACGAAUGCAUAGAAAGUCUGUACAAAAAGAACCUCCUCGCGGAAUCGGUCAUCGAAGCCAUCUGCGCCAAAACGAAAGAGCUGUUGAUGCAAGAGAGCAAUGUCGUACAUGUGCAAGCACCAGUUACCGUUGUGGGCGAUAUCCAUGGCCAGUUUUAUGAUUUGAUUGAGAUAUUUAAGAUUGGCGGGUGGUGUCCUGAUACGAAUUACUUGUUCCUUGGAGAUUAUGUUGAUCGCGGCAUGUUCAGCGUGGAAACGAUUUCUUUGCUAUCGUAUGGGUUCUAUACCGAGUGUUCCAGAAAAUACGGGAAUGCGAAUGUGUGGCAUUACUUUACAGAUAUGUUCGAUUUCCUGACAUUGAGUGUGGUCAUCAAUAAUCAGAUAUUCUGUGUUCAUGGAGGUCUCUCCCCUUCAAUCCACUCCAUCGACCAAAUCAAAAUCAUAGACCGAUUCCGCGAGAUUCCUCACGAAGGACCAAUGGCAGACCUAGUAUGGUCUGACCCGGACCCCGAACGCGACGAGUUCUCUCUGUCACCCCGCGGUGCAGGUUACACCUUCGGGGCGCAAGUCGUUAAGAAAUUCUUAGAAGUCAACAACAUGUCGCAUAUAUUACGAGCUCAUCAGUUAUGUCAGGAAGGAUAUCAGGUGUUAUAUGAUGAUCGAUUAAGCACGGUUUGGAGCGCUCCGAAUUACUGUUAUAGAUGUGGAAAUAUGGCUAGUGUGUUGGAGGUCAGUGAUACUGGGGAGAGGUUCUUCAACGUUUUUGCCGCGGCGCCGGAGAACGAUAUCCAUAAAGAUUCGCAGCAAGGUGGUCAGGAUAAAAUCGCUGAUGGGACGGCUCUGCCCGAUUACUUCUUAUGA